CGGGCGGUCGCGGAUUCGGGCCGCGGUCGGCAGUCCGGCUACUCGCGGCUCCCGAUAUAUCCGCCAGUGUUCCAGCGGCCGGCCCGCAUACCGCGCCACUACCAUCAUAACGCGCUCUAUGGGAGAUUUAUCGCUUCUGUAUAAAUUUACUGUAUUGUGGGAUCAACGCCGUUUGAUCUGUUAUUCGCAUCAGCGUCAGGAGUGAGCUGCUGCGUAAACACCGGGAUUUAUGUGGUUAGAGCAGUGAGUGUCGGUGUGUGACCAGUGUCGGUGGUGUGGUGGUGUAGUGGAGAUGGAGACUGUGAGCUGGUGAGCUACCCUCGACGGCAGCAUGUCGCGCCGGGAGGGCCGCGUGGAGCGCGGGGAGUACCCGCUACCGCCGCCCAGCAAGUGUGCCAAAGUGUUGUACUACACAUGGAAGCUAUGCUCGGUGGUGUUCUCCCACUUCGUGAUGAUCAGCCUGGUGGUGGCCUACUGCAUCCUGGGAGCCGUCACCUUCGAGAAACUGGAAGCCCAGCACGAAAGAGAGGUGAAGCAGAACAUAUCUCAGAUCCGCAGCAACACGACGCAGAGCAUCUGGACGAUGACUCGCACCGUGCCACUCUUCAACCAGACCAACUGGACCUCUGAGGUCGUCGACAUGCUCAAGGACUUUGAGAACGCGAUCCUGCUGGAGAUGAAGGUCCGUGGCUGGGACGGCAAUGAGAGCACCGACCACAUCCAGUGGACUUCACAGGCGCGCUCUUCUACUCCAUCAUCGUCAUCACCACUAUUGGUGAGUCCCUGA